GCUCCCCACAGCAGGAUUAAACAUGGCGGCUCCUCCUCCCGUAUAAACCAUACAGGAACCUGGAGCAGCAUGGGCUGCGGGACGGCGGCCGGGUUCGGCCUGGCCCUGGGGCUGCUGCUGCUGGGCCUGCGGGAGCUGCUGACGGGCUGCGAGGAGAACCGCUGCAGCAUGACCUACAUGUUCGAGCUGCCCGAGUACCGGCGUCUGGCCGUCCCUCGCCGCGUGGCCAGGCUGUACCCGGCGUACGGCCUGUACCUGUACGGAGAGGGGCAGUACGCCCAGGACACCCGCACGCUGAAACUCACCGGAGCGCCCGUGCUCUUCCUGCCGGGCAACGCCGGCAGUUACAAACAAGCUCGCUCGCUGGGAUCUGUGGCCUUGAGGAAAGCUGAAAACAUGCUGGGAGAUGUGCACCUAAAUGUGUUCACUGUGGACUUCAAUGAGGAACUCGUGGCUCUUUAUGGCGGAAGUUUGCUCAGACAAACCCAUUUCCUGCAUGAGAGCAUUAAGGUCAUCCUACGGCUCUACAAGCAUUCCAAGAAUCCUCCCCGGAGCGUGGUGCUGGUGGGCCACUCCAUGGGAGGAGUGGUGGCCCGGGCUCUGUUCACCCUGCCCCACUUCCACCCUCACCUGGUCAGCCUCAUCAUCACCCAGGCCUCCCCCCACCGGGCCCCGGUCCUGGCUCUGGACCCCUACCUGCUGGAUUUCUACUCUGCAGUGAGGCAGAAGUGGGUGAACCAGGCAAACAAGCUCAGAAACAUCACUGUCCUGUCUAUUGGGGGUGGUUACCGUGACUACCAAGUCCGCUCCGGCCUGACGUCCCUCCCGUGUCCUCAGGGAGACCCCAAUAAACUGUCACUGGUGGUGACUGGCGUUCCCAGAGCCUGGAUCUCCACUGAUCACCUGUCAAUUGUUUGGUGCAAAGAGCUUGUUCUUGCAACGGUCCGUGCCUUCUUCGACCUCAUCGACAACGAAACCAGUCAGUUCACAGAGGACCCGGAGAGGAAGAUGGUCGUCCUCAACCAUCACUUCGUCAGACACCCCGUCAGGAUGCUGGGAGAAGGACAAGACCCGCCCGUCUCCUUCUUAGAUUUCCCUGAGGCGUGGGACGAAGUGAACACCCUCCGUCUGGCCUACAGCACUCCCAAGGAAGGAGAAGUGAAAUACUUUGUGUUUGCCCUCUCCAGUCGCAGGAAAGCCUACAGCCACUUCUACUGCCGGAGCAACAACCUGGAAAUGACUAGCUGGGUGUUUGGCUGCAUGCACAAGACAUGCGAGCAGUCGCUGGAUCUGUCCAUGGGAACGGAGCUGCUGCCGCCGUACAAGGUCCUCAGUCUCAGGCUCAGCUCCCUGGCUUCUGUGUCUCACCUGGUGGUUUCAGCCUCCAGCUUCAACGGCAAACAGUCCACAGUGGAGUGUGAGUGGCAGCGUCAGGAGUCCCAGACUCUGUCCGUCCAUGUUCCACAUGUCCUGUCCUUUGGUCUGACUGCCAGUGAUGUUACCGUCCGCUCCUCCGGACUGUUCCACACCAUCCAGCUGCAGCACUUCACUCAGGUGUAUCAGGCUUUCAGAAUCAAUGUGGCAAGUCAGUGCAAAGUAUAUAAAGACAGGCUGCCCAGCGUGUACAGGAUGAGGGUGCCCUGGUUCAACGAGGACUCCCUAACAACCAUGAGCGUUCCCUCAGUAGCAGACAUCUCCGGGAUGCUCCACACCAGCAGUCCAGACAACUCCUCCGUCCUCCUGCAGCUCCACACCGCCCCCAACUGCCAGUACAAGGUGUCGGUAAGAGCUUCACUCCCCAAGGAGCUGGGACAGGUACUGAGGUUCUGCAGUCCCCUGGUGCCCAUGUACACGGCUGUAACGCUGCUGCUGGCCUGUGAGGGCCAGCUCACGUCCAUCCUGAAGUCUGGGGGGGCUGCAGACGUUACCUGGGCCGUAGCCACCGGCCUGCAGCCUCACAAGAUCAACCUACCUGUCUAUGUCAUCCAUGUGUUACUCAGCUCUGACUGGUUCCAGGAGGUGUGGUCAGCUCUCCAGCUGCCGUUUCCAGACACGCUGCCCCCCACCAGCCCUGACUGGGCGUCUCCAGAGAGCGGGGCGUCUCCAGAGAGCGGGCCCCCCCCGGAGGACUGGCCCCUGCUGCUGUCCCCGCUGCUGUACGUGCUGGGGGCGGCGCUGGCGUACUGGGGCAGCACGCUGCUGCGCCUGCUCGUCAGGCUGCUGUCCCUGCUGCUCCACCCUCUGCACAGACCGUCCGUGAGCAGAGACUGCGGGACGUUGCGUCUGCAGACUCAGCUCCUGCUCGCCGUGGGUUUCACCGUCCUGGCCAGCUCUUCCUGCGGGGCCUUGGCUAUCGGUGCCUGCUUCCUGCUGCACCUGUACCGGGUCAUCAGGCUGCAGAUGACGGAGAGAUCUCUGAGUCACAUGUUAAACCUGGUGCCGAGCAGGCCCAAACCAGCAGAGAAUGGUGCUUGUGAGUCGGUGUGUGAGCUGGAGGAGCCUGGGCAGCCCCUGCAGGAGGAGCCUGGGCAGCCCCUGCAGGAGGAGCCUGGGCGGCCCCUGCUGUCGGAGCCUGGGCGGCCCCUGCAGGAGGAGCCUGGGCGGCCCCUGCUGUCGGAGCCUGGGCGCCCCCUGCUGUCGGAGGGGGCCCUGCAGGAGGUGAGGGAGGACCUGCAGCUGCAGCUCAGCCUGUCGCUGCUGCUCAGCCUCCCCGUGGUGCUGGGCGGGCCCUCGCUGCUGCACUGGACCCGCAACCUCAGAUAUUCCCUCCAGCUGGACCCGGACCCGUGCUGGCCUCAUGCGGCUCCUCUGGUCUCCGUCUACAUCCUCCUCAUCAACUGCAACACCCUGCAGCUCCGCAGCAGUAAGAUGCUGCUGCUGGUGUCCCACCUCCCUCUGCCUCUGGCCGUCUCCAUGGUGACCUUCUCCUCCCUGCACCUCUACAGAGUCACCCACUUCCUGCUGCCAGUGCUGCUCUCUCUGGCUCUGUGCUGCUUCCUGUGACCCCUGCCGGCCCCCGGCAGGCUCUAGCCGGGGCCCCUGAAGGCACCACGCUGCAGUGAGGCCCCUGAAGGCAUCGCGCUGCCGUGACAGAGCCGUAGACAGACGCGUCCCGGAGCAGCCGGGGGUGAUGACUCCGGGUUUAAACGCCAGGACGGGGACGUUUGCGGAGCAUCUGCCAGACCUGGUGAAACCACGUUUGCCUUAACCGUGCAGCCACAGCUCUGCUGCCUCCAGGGCAGCUCUCUGACCGGAGCUCAUGUUCACCGCUGUCACGCUGCUGGAAACUCCCACGCUGCCUGCUGGCCGGCCCGUACUCCACAACGCUUCCCUUCAGCUCUCUGGCGCAGAAACGCACCGCAAAAACUCCAAAUCUAACCAGGAAUAUUUGUCUUAUUUCUAGUUAAAAUGUCUCAUUUUUAGUCAAAGAAUCUCAUUACAUUAAA